AUGAAGUACUCCGCAGUUGUUUUGGCAUGCGUGCUGGCCGUUGCCGCCGCCGCAGAAUACAACAAUGGCCAAUACAUUCCUGAGAAGCAGAACAACAACAGAUACAACCAAUACCGUCCAUCCCGCUACCAGCAAUACCAGAACAACGCCUACGUGAGCUCCACCCCCUACCCCAGCCAAUUCGUGAGCUCCACCCCCUACCCUAGCCAGUUCGUGAGCUCCACCUCCGUGCCGGUGACCGCCGCCCCAGCUCGCUCCACUAUCUACUACUCAUCCAGCACACCCAAGCCCGUGUUCAACAUCCCCGCCAUCCCUGCGCGUUCCGUAUCAGUUGAGGCCCCUACCCCCAGCGUUGAGUCUGCUGCCCCCGCUUGGUCUUCCCGUGCUUCAUGGCCAUCGGCUUCCUCUGAAUCCGUCAAACCCGAACUUCCAGUUUCCUCGACCCAAGCUCCUAUUUACGCUUCUGUCUCUCCCUCUGUGGCCCCAGCUGUCGCUGAAGUCGAAGCUCCAGUUGUGUCCGUUGUUCCCGCUGCCCGCUUUUACCCCGCCGCGCAAGUAGCUCCCGCAGCCCCAGUCAUCUCAGUUACUCCAGUAGCUCCCGUCGCUCAAGUCUACCAACAGGCCAAAAUCGCCCUUCCCACUGCCAGAUGGGCCGGUGACGCCCGUGCUGCUGAGACCCUGAGAUACAGCAACCAAAUCAACUCUGACGGAGCUUUCCAAUACUCAUACGAGACCAACAACGGCAUCGUCGCCGAGGAACAGGGCUCUCCCCGCUCUUUCUACUCCGGUGAAGACCAGGUUGCCCCCAUCGUAGCCCAGGGUUCCUUCGGCUGGACCAGCCCCGAGGGUCAACAGAUCACCAUCUCCUACGUCGCUGACGAGUCCGGAUACCACCCAACUGGCUCAGCUAUUCCUGAAGUGCCACCACAGAUCGCACGUGCCUUGGCGUACAUUGCUUCAAGAAACCUCCAGGCUUAA